GUGGACGUGCCGUACUUUUGUCGCAGCGCGAAGCUAUUGGGUACGCAUUGCGGGUGUUUGUGUUUAAUUGCGAAUAAAACUACUGAAAAUCGGUCGUGGCUACAACAACAACUGCCGCAAAAGCCAUUGAAUAGAUUCAAUAAUAAAUAACGUGUAGAAUUUUAAGGUGACGCUGUGUCUAUGUGUUCGUGCGUGUGCGAAAUAAAAAUGGCAAAAAGCAAGAGCGGCUAGCAGAUGUGCGCGUGUGUGUGUUUUUUUUAAAUUGCUAUUAACGGCACCGAAUUAGCAUUAAAUUAUUAAGUAGUAAAAUAUUUGAAGCGGCACAGGCUAAAGUACAACUGCAAUUCAAUUCAGCGACGAUUGCAACGCGCGAGCGACUCGUUUUGCAUACUGCAUUGAAAUGACAACCACAACGCAGGUGGAGAUCAACACGAAUGGCGCUGGGAGCGGGAGCUUGGAUGGCAGCAGCGUGACCACAAUGCCAACUGCAGCCAACUCCAACUCCAACUCUAACUCGAGUCCAGCUCUGGCCAAAGCCCAGCCCGUGUCCAAGAGCUUGGGCGGCGUGGGCGUGGCCAGCACACAAAGAGCCACGGAUGUUACCAAACGCAAGAAGCUGAAAUCGCGCAGCGCCACAACAACAGCGGCAGCAGCAGCAGCAGCAACAACGGGCACAACAGCAGCAGCAGCAACUACGAACAGCAAGAACAAAAGCAGCAGCAGCAAUGGCAGCGCACGGGAGCAAUAUGCCAAGGAUCAUUUAGAUGCCUGGCUGGAGAAUUGCCUGCGGGAUGCGACGAAUGCGCAACUCUCAUCAUCGUCAGAAUUCCUGGACUUUAAUCCAACAACAACGAGCAAUAAGACGCUGGCAGCACAACAGCAACAACAACAGCAACAACAGCAGCAGCAGCAGCAACAGCAACAGCAGCAGCAAUUUUUCAUGCGUUCGCAUUCACAACCGUUUGCCAUGGGCGGGGCCACGCCCUUUAGCAUGGGCAUACAGCGCCACCCACAGCCGCUGAGUUAUCGUUAUCCCAUGCUCUUUCCGCCGCAGCCGAAUGGCUAUGGCCUCAACUUUGGCCUGCCCCUGCCCGGCGAUGGGACUCAGGACUUUGCCAGUCUGCCGCCGCUGGUCAAUAUGCUGGGCGGCUUUGGCGCCAGUCCAGAGCAUGACCACAACUCCACGGACGUUGUAGAUGGCAGCGGCAGCAAUCCGAACAUAAGUCGCGGCUUUCGCUUUAGUGAUCCCUGCCUGCUGAACCCCUCGGACAAUGACUCCAAACUAAGUGGACAGAAUACGCCGGAAUGUCGCAAUGGCAAUGGCAAUGGCAGCGGCGCCCCAGUCUCGACCAACGGCAACGGCAGCGACGUCGAUCAACAGAACAAAUUCUUUGCCGCGCUAAUGGAGCAGAUUAACAUAUUGCACGAGACGAAUUCCAAAAUUUGUCGCAAUUUGCACGAGACAAAAGUUGAUAUCGAAGCUUUGAAGCACGCUCCCAAUGGCCAGCCAUGGGCUGGCGGCGGGGGCAUGCGGCACCGUAGAGAUAGCUUGAGCGGAUUAAGCACACAAAGUCAACCAUUGGUAUUUGGCGGCGGAUUCGGUGGCACGCAUAGUCCAGCGCCCACUUUUCAUUCAGGCGCCUACACGCCCGGCAUGAUGACGGAUGUGGUGCGCGAGGUCAAAGAGGCGGCACGCGUGCGUGAGGAUGCGCUACUCAAUCGCGUUAAGUCCAUGGUAGAGGAGCGCCAGUGGUCCAUGAGCGAGGGCAAUGUGCGCAUACUACGUGAUAUAGAUGAGCUCAAGGCCCAGGUGAUGCAGCUGCGCGAGGAGCGCAAGGAGACAAAAAAACGUGUGUCCCAUCUCGAGGCGGAGAACAAAUAUCUACGCCAGGCAUUGGCCAGUUUGUUCAAUCAACGACAGGCAUAUCACGACAUUAUAUACGAAAACGAGCGCGCUCGAGGUGCGCGUGUCAAAGCGCCUUUUGGCUUUCCCAAUGGCGGCGCACGACGUGCACACUCUCUGAAUCUGCACUAUGGCACCGUGCAUCAGGCGCCGGCGCAUCCCACCCAACUGCUUGACGAGGACGAUGAAGAGGAGCAGCUGCAGGAUGAGGAUAAUGAGGAGCUGGCGAGCAGCAAGCGUCUGUCCAGUUCCAGCAAUGAAUCUCCCAGCAAUGGGCUGGUCGCGCCCAUCAAACAGUUGCCGCAAACGCAACCCUUGCAGAGUCCGCCCAAAUUCGCAUUGUUGGGGGAGCAGGUGGCGUCGACGCCCACGCCGCCCCCACUGUUGCCCCGCAAAAAGGAGCACGCGCAGCUGAAGCGCGAACUCAGCGAAGCGACCAGCGCACGUAAGGAGGCCAAUCAGCGUAUCAUAGCACUCGAAAAAUUGGUUAAAGACCUAAGCGCCCAGGUGGCUAGCCAACCAAAUUGGAAUCCAAAUGUGACUGCGCCCAAUGCCGCCGCCGCCGCCGUCGCCGCCACGGCCAACAGACUCAGCCUCGCCGGCGGACCCAUUACGGACUUAUAGUUCUAGCUAACCGGCUGCGGCGAUCCCAGCACGCCCGGCACCAAGCAACAGAUGACACCGACGGGUUUACGUGUUACCCAUUUAUAGCAGGCACCAAAGCCUCGGCGACAACAGCGGCAACUGCACACAUUUCGUUUCAAAAUUAUUUAUAAUUCUCUAACCUAUGCAUAAAUCAACGAAAUGGAGAACAUGUUUAAUACACACACACACACACACAUCUAUAUAUUUCUAUAUAAGCCAAAUGAUCAUGUUAAAGGCCAAAUCGUACCCAACAAUUCAACAAUUCAGGCCGCACAAAUCCUCAAAAUUUGUUACUAAAUCAAAGUUUCUACGCAUACCUACAUCUAUUAACUAUGUAACUAAUAGCGAAAAACGUGUA